ACCAGCCCCACCUUGCAGUUGGGUGUGUGCAUUCCAACUAAUUUGAGUUACAAUUGUUUAUACACAAUAUUUGGCUGUUUGAAAUUGAAUUACAAGGCAAAGUAUUAACGUGCUAAAAUGCGUAAUUUGGGCAAACAGCAGUCGCAGGAUACCACGGAUAACAGCGGGGCGGAAAAAGGCGAUUAUCCGCGUGCGACAAAUGGCGUCGUAUUCGGUUCGAUUGUGACUUAUGCCAGUUUCUUUGUCAUGAUCAUGUCCUUUUGUUCGCCUUACUGGAUUGAAUCGUAUGAGGAAACUCACACUAGCUUCAAGAAUAUGGGACUCUGGCAAUAUUGUUUCAAGGACUUUGUUUAUCCCAAAUAUCACAAUCCCAAGCAAUUCACCGGUUGCCAUAACAUAUUUUCCCAUGAGUAUUAUGUGAUACGUGAAUAUCUGCUGCCUGGAUGGUUGAUGGCUGUGCAAGGCUUUGUUACCAUGUCCUUUAUCAUAGUCUUCUUUGUGCUAUCACUCUUAUCACUCACCAUCAUUCGUCUGCCUUUGAAGGCUGUGCUGCAAUACGAAUGGCUUUUAAUUCGACUUUCCUAUAUUGGCACUGCCGUUUCAUCUCUGUUUAUGUUCCUGGCCGUGUGCAUAUUUGGCGGUUGUGCCUAUCGUCGGGACUGGCUGAUGUAUCCCAAGUUCAAUGUACUCGGCUGGUCCUAUGCUUUGGCGGUUGUCACAUUUAUGCUGCUCGGUCUGGCAGCUUUGAUCCUGCAACGUGAGGCAAGACAGGCUUAUGAGGCACGUGGCGAGCAGAAGAAUCUAGUUAUGCAGAUGGAGAUGCAGGAGCCAGGAUAUCAGCCACCGCGUCAUCAUCACAGUCAGUCGCGCAGCCUGCAGGGAUAUAUAUGAAUAAUGCAAUUGCAAUUUGCAAUUUAAAUUGCAAGCACAAUUUCCACUUGAAUUAAUUCCAUUUUUAUACCAGACAAUCUUUACUUACCUAUUAUGCCGUCCCUUUUAUAAUUUUACACUUACGGAAUCUCUCUUUUUUAUUAAGUGCCUUGGAAUUUGCAGUGCAAGUUCACAAUUUCUAUAAGAAAAUCUCGAAAAAGAUUAUCAGCAAUACAAAAA